CAGCCCUCGGAGUGCGGAGCAUGCGGAGAGAUUGUUGGUGAGAGAAAUAGAGAGAGAGAGAGUCAGGAGAAACCAUGCAGUAUCUGAGGCAGCCCAGUGAGCCCAGUGACCGAGCCUGACGACCUGAUCCCCCCGGACAACCAGGGAACAGCAGUCUGGUCAACCCCUAGACCCGGACACACACAUACCUCCAACUGGAGAAAGAGAGAGAGAAAAAGAGGAAGAGAGAGAAAGAGAGGGUAGACCACCAGAUGUGUGAGAGAGAGCAGAGAGAAGGAGAUGCUCAGAGGGACCGGACAGUGACCAGGAAGGAGACCAUAGGAAGAGAGAGAAAGGAGAGCGACCACUGACAGAACGCCUGGGGUUGUAUUGAAAUCUGGAAGGUUUGUAAAGUGGAGUUUGACUUUUGGUUCUGUGGUUCAUCUGAGAGACAACAGGAGUUCUGAGAGAGAGUUCUGUGUUAAGUCCUGCCUACAGUACUGCCUCUGUGUGGAAGCACUGCGCUACACGACUGCUACAGGUGUUCUGAAGAGGUCAAAAAACUCACCAAAGAGAAGGAGCACAGAAAUAGGACAGAUACAUAGAAAGGAAAGAAAGGUCUACAUUUAGAAAUAAAUAAAAAAAGACUUCAGAAAAGACCAGAAGAACACAGAGUAAGAGAGAGAAUAACAAGUCUAGAGACAGACGGAAACAGAUAGACAAAAAGACAGGAUGGCGAACUCAGGUUUCCAGUUGCUAGGUUACUUCCUGGCAUUGGGUGGAUGGAUAGGCAUCAUCUCCACCACUGUGCUUCCCCAGUGGAAGCAGUCUUCGUAUGCGGGUGACGCCAUCAUCACGGCCGUGGGGCUCUACGAGGGCCUGUGGAUGAGCUGUGCCUCCCAGAGUACGGGACAGGUGCAGUGUAAGGUGUUUGACUCCAUGCUGUCACUGGACGUGCACAUCCAGACGUGUCGUGCUCUUAUGGUGGUGUCCGUGCUGCUGGGCUUCAUAGGAAUGAUAGUGAGUGUGGUGGGGAUGAAGUGCACUAAAGUAGGCGACAACAACCCCAUCUCCAAGGGACGCAUAGCUGUGUCUGGAGGAGCCCUCUUCCUGCUCGCAGGUCUGUGCACGAUGGUGUCUGUGUCCUGGUACGCCACUCAGGUGUCCUAUCAGUUCUUCAACCCAAACACGCCGAUCAAUGCCAGGUAUGAGUUUGGGUCUGCCCUGUUCGUGGGAUGGGCGGCAGCUAGCUUGACGGUUUUGGGCGGAUCCUUCCUGUGCUGCUCCUGCUCCAAUGAGGAGAGGCGAGGGCAGCAGUACUACCGCCAAUCACAGCCAUCCACAGCCAGGGAACCAAAUGUUAAAAGUUCCCCACCAGAGAAAAAGGAGGAAUACUUGUAGUUUGGGCGACUCCUUUGGCCCCACGUGUGUUAGAUUGUUGGCAAAAGGCAAGACACUGUCUAACACAAACAGACAAGACACUUUCUCUAAGAAAACAAAAGCAGACAAGACACUCUAUAGGAAACACACUCUCAGAAUGUAACAAAAUAAACUCAGAAUACACGUUUGAAGUAAUACAUCUCCAGACCAACCCUAAUGGGUAGCUAGUCUUUUAUAAUUCUUAAAGGUGCCCAUGUGUUAAAUGUUAAUUAAUGUUUUUUAGAAUCUGUUUUGUACACAAGCGAUAUUAAAGGGUUUUACUAUAGCAGGAUAUUGUUACAGCAAUAUUCACAGGUAUUGUCCGUACUCACCUAUGACAAAGAACUGUUAUUUGGAUAAUUGAAAGAAAGUGAACCUGAAUCUGUACUACUACACAGAAGUGCCCAGGUGCAUAUACCACCACCUCCAGCCUUUCUGCUACGUAUAUGCUCUACUGCAGUGCCUUAUAACGUGUGUUUGUGUGUAUGUUUUUGACUGUUAUACACGGAUUCCGCAGUGUCACAUCCUAUAUGGAUGAUGCAUAUUGUUCACGUAUUGUAAAACAUAUCCGUGCUCGUCUUUUUCUCUUGCAUUAAAUGAACCAUUCAGACAAACUGCUACAUGCAGUUUUAUCUCGGAACAUAGAUGUUUACUGUACUGUAGCUAGUAUACCACUUAAAAAACAACAGAAAGACAAAUUCCUAAAUCGGCCCUAACUGAUGAGCGUGAAGGCACACCUUGUAAAUGCUGUGAGCCUGUUUGGAAGUAGUACAUGUAGCCCGGAUUGAGGAUAUUAUACAUGCAUUCUGUUUAGUUAAGUGCCAAUAUGAUUUAGAGUGGAUGGAAGAGAUGUUUUGUUAUUGACUAUGGAGGAUGUUCUGUACUCCAGGUGCUGAAAGCACUGUCUCCUGUACAGGUCCUGCACUUAGUAUUGGCCAGUUUGCGGAAUGUAAUCAGGUCAAACGUGUUUUUCUGUUGCAUACAUUUAUUUACCAUGUAUUUUCUUUAUCUAAUACUCACUAUUAUUAUUUGACUGUAUGUAUCAUCUCAUUUAAAGUAUACUCCUGUCUGUUUCUUUUAGAAUAAAGUAAACGGA